AGAUCUCUGAUUCACCUUCUGUCUCUGGCUCCUUCCUCGUCACUUCCUGUUUCUAACCAGCUGUCUGUUCUGAUUCCAGUGUGUGGACCGGGGUCAUAAACAUGUAAACAGGGAUAGAUUUUUAUAUUUUUAUAUAUAUUUUUACCAUAAUUUUACAGUUUGUUGAACCACUUGCAACACGUUCGCGGCCCCACAGUGGGCCCCGGGCCACAGUGUGGGAAUCACUUUAAAAAAUACCCACAAAAAAAAAACUAACAUCAGUUAAAGUUUCACUUUACUUUGAAUACUUUCACUUUACCUGCGUCAAACACUUUUACUUUGGAACUACAUGUGUUCAACCGUUGAACUACCGUUUUCCUGCGCACAGGCGUACCGCAGCGCAGACUGUAUUACUCCGCAGAUCAGCUGUGUGAGUCACACAGAGCUGAACGGAGGUGGACGUGUGAAGUAAUACAGACAGCAGGUGGUUUACACACCUGGACUGUGUCAGACUGUGACGCUGCUGGACUCAGAGACCUCAAGUCCAGGUGUCAGGUCCGGCGCAGACACGUCUCUUUAUUUAACGUUGAAUCCGGACAGAGACGAAGAGACAGACUGAGUCACUCUGCUCAAAAGAACUGCACUGCGCAGGCGCGGUCCGGUAGCCAGUUGUCAUGGAGACGGUUUGUUGUUACUGACCCGCAAAGAGGCUGGAAACACCUGAACACACAGACCGAGAACACGAGUAGAUAAAACUAGUGCAGGUGAUGGCGAUGUCAGAGCGUGAUGUCAUCGACUUCUCGGCGUUGGAGCGCGAGCUGCAGGCGGCGGUGGAGUCUGAGCGGAAACACCAGAGAGAGAACGAGGCCAAACUGAGAGCAGUCAGCCAGGGAGUCGCCUCCUACAGGGAGUUCAGGGACCUGGUCUUGACCUGUCACCUGAAACCUCUGGACAAGAAGGACAAAGACAGAGCUCCACGGAAACAACCCUGUAACCCUGUUGCCCCGAGCAACGCGGAACCAACAAGCCAUUGUUAAUCCUAAACUUCUUUACUGUUAUCUCAUUUAAAACAUGUUGCUGUCCUGGAAAACCUUGUUUCUCCAGCACUUAAAAACUUUCCAGGAGCUUUCAACUCAGUUCUGGAAGUUUUCCUGCAGUGACUCAGUGUGAGCAUCAGGUGGAGCUGGAGGACAGGCACUGCAGCUCAGCUCUUCUCAGUCUGUGUGAAUGGGAGACAUGUUUUAUAUGAACUGAAGACACCCAGGACAGAGACAGAGACAGUGCUGAGUCUGGGUUUUUCAAAAUAAGACACAACAACCAAAUGAAUGCAAUGUAGAAAACAACAUGCAGCUGUCAGAUGACAGGAAACAGAAGGGUGAAUAUUUACUGGUUAUUAAAGUAUUUUCUGUUUGUGUUUAAUAAACUGACGAUCCUUCAUUAAUGAACUGACUCUGUUCAAA